AGAUCUGCGUCAGCGGCAGACGCCACCCGAAGACACUAAGUACGUCCACGAGACCCGGUACAAUGUGCAAGGCCUCGGCGAGAACCUCCCCUAUCCAUCGGUGGACUACUUGGGAAGGUACGUAGAAAAAACUCAGUCUUUGGAGCACAGCACAAAAUUCUGUGGCUGAAUGUAUGUGCACGUGAUUUGCAGUGGAUACGACACCAUCUUCGGUGCGCAAUGUCAUGGGUAAGAAGAUGAAAAUGGAGGCGCACACACAUGGAUGGAUGGAUGGAUGGAGGGGUGUGUGGGUGUGUGUGUGGUCAAUGGUUGCUCAGGUAACCCCGAGGGUGAUCCCGAUACCCAGAUCGACCCCGGCUGGAGGGAGCCUGCCGCUCAGCUGUCAUUCAGCCAGGACGGCCCCUUCCUGUCGCGAGACAUGCGGUACCUUCGCCCAGUGGAGGGAUGGGGACGACCUGAAUACUCGUGCCGUAAGGAGCGCUGAUAAGAC